UGUUGGUCCAUUCCAUCUUGACCCAUUCGUCUCCAACCCCGUGUGUCGACCAUUUCUUCACUCAGCUUUUCGCCUCUCUACCUACCGCGCCAUCAUUUCCAGCAGAUUUCGCCCUCUCUCUUUCUUCUCGCAUCGCUCUUUGCCGAACCCACAACGUCGCCGCGACCUUUCUUUUUUCAACUCGCACCCAGCUGACAUUUUUUCCUUUUCCGCCAUCCAGUCUCGAUUUUCAUCCCAAUUUGUUCGAGACCCUGUUGUCUGCCGACAGCUCCCGCCACUGCGACGCCAACCAAGGAACUCGUCCGACCCUUCCACACGAAAGCCGUCUCGCUGUACAACCAACCCGAGUACUCUAGGACGUCUUUGAUUCAUCGACGCUGCACACAGGCGCGUUUCGGUAAUCGGUUCCUUUCCUCGUUUCUCUGCGACGGUUUCAUCUAUCCAUCUCGUCGCAUGUCUCGCGGCUCCUGAGUCGCAUUGACCCAAUCGCCUCGCGAUCGCAACGCCCCUGAAUCACGAUCCCCGAUAACCCUUCGGCGUUUCUGCUCGCAAUCGACGUUAAACCACGGCUCGAAUUCGUAUAUCACAGGACAUUCAGUCCUUGGUGUUUCGUGAGGGUAUUCAUCUUCGCCCACUACAACAUCUUGGUCCAAUUUCUCAGCUGCCCGAAGGGCUACGGUGCUCCAGUCGCGAGACUGGUAGCUCUCCAUGAGCAACAUGGACCGCGCCGCUUGUCACGUUAUCUAUGUCAAUCGCAACGUCUGCGAGGAGGGUUUGGUUCGCGCCAUUGCUGACGACGGUGCAUCCGACUGGGCGACUGAUGAAGCUCGUCAAAUCGUGCAGCCCCUUCUUAAGGCAUUUGGCGAUGUCAAUGUCUGCGCCUCUGGGGGCGCUUGUUUGUCAAAGCUGUUCGAAUUACAGGAAAUAUCUAUAAACGGUCUGAAGCCGACACUCGUACUUCUCGACACUCCACACGAUGAACCAGUUCACGAUUAUCGGAGAAGACCCCUGUCGCCCUCGCCUUCUUCCACUUCUUCCACGGAAGAUGUCGAUAUUCACACCCCAGACGAAGAUCUCUAUGGUCUUGGUUUGCUACAAAAGAUCAUCACCGAAGCCCAUUUGCGUGGCAUGUCCAAGCUUAUUGUCCCGAUACCAGUCAUCAGCAAUCCACAGAUCGAGCACCCAUCUACGAAUGGACAGAUGACUGAUGGCGCUGUGGAGCCCGUUGUUUCGCCUUUGGAGUCACUUGAUGCAAACCGUCAACUCAUCAGGAGAUGCCUAGAUCUUGGCGCUGUCGACGUCAUCAUCAGCCCUCUAAGCGUCAAGUGCAUAACGAGUCUGGAGAUCUGCGCUUAUCGGGCCCACAGAGAUGCUGCAAAGGAGCAACAGACCCUGCUGGAAAUUAGGCAAGGUCGGAAACGAUCCUGGGUUGGUGUGAACGAGGAGAAGCCGUUUGCCUAUCUUCGGGAAGCCAUGGUUUCGGGGCUGAUGAACGGGAUUUGCCGUUUGUCUACCAACGAUGACCAGAUCAAUAAUGCACACGUAGCCGUGUCUUCUGAACGACAAGCUGCCGUUGCUACUGCAGUCGGCAGUUGGCGUUUCUGUGCCCACUCACUCUCCGACGAUGAGUUGCUGGUGGCAGCCAUGGACAUGUUCAGGCACGCCUUGUCCAUGCCUGAACUCGAGCGAUGGCGGCUACAUGCAGACCAACUGAUCAGCUUUCUCGUUGCCUGCCGUGCCGCGUAUAAUAAUUUUGUUCCGUAUCACAACUUUCGCCAUGUUGUGGACGUCUUGCAGGCAACCUUCCAUUUCUUGGUUCGCAUCAACGCUCUACCGCCUUAUCCUGCAGGUGCCGAGCCCAAGAUUUCUGCGGCAAAAUCACCGAUGGCCGCGUUGAUCACGCCUUUUGAGGCCUUGACGCUUCUCAUCACUGCCAUCGGUCACGAUGUCGGCCACCCUGGUGUCAACAACGGGUUCCUUGUAACACUGAACGCCCCUCUAGCCCAGCUUUACAAUGAUCGUUCCGUAUUGGAGUCGUUCCACUGCGCAGCUUAUUCACAAAUUCUUCGCCGAUAUUGGCCCGCGGCCUUCGAAGACAGCAAGAUGCGUAAUCUGAUGAUUGCCUCAAUCCUGGCAACAGACAUGGGCCUACACUUCGAAUACAUGAAGAAGCUUGGAGACGUACAAGAGCGUCUUCAAGUGGAGAACAGCACUGAUGGCUGGAACGGCCGGCAGCUGCAGGAGGCCAAGACCUUGGCGUGCUCACUUCUCAUCAAAUGUGCCGACAUCAGCAAUGUGGCGAGGAAUCACGAGAUAGCGUUGAAAUGGACGUACAUUCUCUCGGAGGAGUUCUCGCGGCAGGCGUCGAUGGAAGGUGAACUGGGCAUUCAAUCAUCGCUCAUGUCACCGCCGAAGCAGGACAUGACAUCAUUGGCCAAGAGCCAGCUUGGAUUCAUGAACCUCUUUGCCACCCCGCUAUUCCAAGGAGUUGCCGACAUCAUGCCUGCUAUGGAUUAUACCGUGGAGGAGCUCGAGAUGAAUAAGAGCUUGUUCGAGCUGAAGCUGCAGCAGGAAAAGGAGAAGGAGCCUUUGGAUGACCCAGUUCGCAAGCGUCUUCUGAAGGAGGGCACGUUUUCGCCGAGGACUAUGAGUUUUGCGGUACCACAAGAGGAGGGAAAGAGAGCGCCAGCGCCAGCGUCACUAAUGGAGGUAGCGGACCGAAAGUCGGACUCGACUCCAGUGGGUAAUGGAGAUCUGCCAAAGCCCCGUGCGGAGGGAGAAGAUCUAUCGCCGGCUGACAGCCAAAGAACAAUGGGUGCGUCGCCCGUGAGUGGCUCAUUCGAGGAGUAUCAGGAAAUCAACGGCUCGACGUCAUCAUUUGACGCAGUCAGAGAGUUGGCGAACAGCGACCCGUUUCAAACACGAAGCAGGGGCGACAGCUAUCCUGAUGGCAAGUCAAUGCCCUCGGCGAAGCAAAGAUCGAGCGAGACAACUGAAGGAAGUGUUUCGGGGGCAUGCUCGGGAGACUGGGCUUCCCAAGCGACGAGCGCAACAACGGGCAAGAUGCCAAUGUCACCAAGCACGCGGGGCACAAGUAUUGUCAGCGGUGACUCGACGGAGCAUCCAGUUGGCAUUCCUACGAUCAACGUCGAUUCGGCGAGCUUGAAGGAGACAUCGGGAGCGAUGUACCACGACAACUCGGCGAUGGAUGACGAGACAAGAUCCAACGCAAGCACAACAGGCGGAAGCAUUGGCAAGGCCGAGGGCAAGUCAUUGAAAAAGAAGACUAGCAGGUUCAGGAUGAAGGACUUCCCAUUCUUCAGGAGGCAUAAGGGCACGAGCUCGCCAUCGACGGCGGACACGACUGGGUGAAGAGGUAUCACAGUACUCGUCAGCCAGGAGCGAAGAUGAGAUGUAACGAAUCGCAAAAAAGGGGGGUCUCGAAAUCCGACUCGAGGCAGACAAGAAGCUGGAGAGGCCCGAGGCAGGGCUAUAUAGGCUGAUGCUGUCGGAGACGUGUGUGGCUAUUCCACAAUGGCCUUUUCUUUUCCAAGGACGUGUCAGUCAAGGCGGCUGCCCUAAUGAUUGCAGUAUAUACUUGUACAAUAACUAUGGGUGGAGAGUCUCGGCGAGUGAGCGAGCGAGCGGUUCGGUUCAGCCGGGUGCGCAGACGGCAGCUCAGGCCCAGAGCUUGCGAGGACGAAGAGGCAUGGCAUUCAUCUUCUUCACUCAGGAAGCACCUUUAUGGGAGCGGGAAAACCGGGACCGGGACCGGAGACCGCUACAGGCGUUGGCGCAGGGUCGGCAGGGUGACGAAAGGAAAUGUAUCAAAAUCAGUCACGGCAGGAUGGUUGUGGGACAUGGUAGUUUUUUUUUUUCGCUUUGGUUGGGUUUGGUUGGGUAUAUGAUAUAUGGAAGGGGGGGACGGAUGUUGGUUUGUGGUGUUGUUUAGGUGUUGUUGGGUGAUGGAUGAGCAGGUUACAUGGCUGUGAGGCUAUGUACGGUUCCGCAAGCAGAUGCCCUCGCAAGAGAUGUCAGAUUCAAUGAUGACGGCCCUUUGAAGCAGUUAGUUUUGCUAGUAGUGAUUCU